GAGGGUGUUGGCAGCCAGUGGCUUCUUUUUCUAAUCGGGCACAGCACUGGUCUCAGCAGAGAACAAGGGGUGAAUGGGAUGGAUGGGGUUUGAGGAGAAAGAAGAAACUCCCGAGGGUGUGUCUGGCUUGAGUGCCUGUUGGAGAGUUGUGUUCAGGAAUGGGGAGCAACGUGGGAAUUAUUCAUCAAGUGCGUUCCCCGACUGUUCACCUCGGUGCAGCCAUACCAGAGAGCUGGGAAUAACCAGAGUGGGGAUGUUGCCAGCCACGGGGAAAAGGGAGUGUCUGCAGAGGCACCCUAUGGAGCCCAGGCUGGAUAAGGGUGCCGGCCACGAGGGACACUGACAGUGAACAAUGGGGCAGGGGUAUGGGGACAAGAUGGCCCAAAGAGGUAGGAGGCAAGGAGGCCCAGGUCAGAGAGUGAGGUGUGGGAGCUUGGAGGUGGCCCAGUUACUGGCAAUAACCCAUCAAGGGUGUGACUGUCAGGGGUGAUGGGUGGGCAUGCUCCCUGCAGGGAAAUGACCUCUGAGGCCAGCGAGUUGGGGGCUUCACCAUGGGACCUGUGAAGUCACCAAGAGGUGACAUGGGAGGAGGAUGGAGAGAGAGGCACUGAGUCCAGAGCAGACCAGACAGCCCGGGGACAAUCAUCCCUUCAUGGAUUCUACAUACAUGUUGAGGACCCAUUGUGGGCUUCGCAGUGCUGACAGCUGAUAAAGGUGAUGAACGUGCUGAGUAAACCAUGUGAGCUGGGGUUCGGGGUUAAGGAGAAAUGAAGGCAGGGCAGGGGGAGUUGGGGCGACAUUGUUAGAUGGGAUGGUCAGGGAGGGCUCCUGUUAGAGAAAUGAUCUGGAUGAGGUCGGGGCCCCAUUUGGGGAACGGCCAAUGCAAGGGCCCAGCCAUGGGCUCUGACUUCCCUCUGGGGCACUGAUCACAGUUUACAAUUUUCCAUCUGCUUGUGAAAUGGUUUGACCACUUGUGUGACCACACGAGACCUGAAGUGCCUCAGGGGUAUCCCCAGCCAUGAACUGAUGAAGGAGAUUGACCCCAGCCUUGGCGUGGCCGAAUUGCCUGACGAGUUCUUCGAGGAGGACAACAUGCUCAGCAUGGGCAAGAAGAUGAUGCAGGAGGCCAUGAGUGCCUUCCCCGGCAUUGACGAGGCCAUGAGCUACGCAGAGGUCAUGAGGCUGGUGAAGGGCAUGAACUUCUCGGUGGUGGUGUUUGACACGGCGCCCACAGGCCACACACUGAGGCUGCUCAACUUCCCCACCAUCGUGGAGCGGGGCCUAGGCCGCCUCAUGCAGAUCAAGAACCAGAUCAGCCCCUUCAUCUCCCAGAUGUGCAACAUGCUGGGCCUAGGGGACAUGAACGCAGACCAACUGGCGUCCAAGUUGGAGGAGACGCUGCCCGUCAUCCGCUCCGUCAGCGAACAGUUCAAGGACCCUGAGCAGACAACGUUCAUCUGCGUGUGCAUUGCUGAGUUCCUGUCCCUGUAUGAGACGGAGCGGCUGAUUCAAGAGCUAGCCAAAUGCAAGAUUGAUACCCACAACAUCAUCGUCAACCAGCUCGUCUUCCCUGACCCUGAGAAGCCCUGCAAGAUGUGUGAGGCCCGCCACAAGAUUCAGGCCAAGUACCUGGACCAGAUGGAGGACCUGUACGAAGACUUCCACAUUGUGAAGCUGCCGCUGCUGCCCCACGAGGUGCGGGGGGCGGACAAGGUCAACACCUUCUCUGCCCUCCUCUUGGAGCCCUACAAGCCCCCCAGUGCCCAGUAGCACUGCUGCCAGCCCCAGUUGCUACCAUUUCACACCCCCCCUCCACCCCCUCGGGGGGGCAGAGUUUGCACAAAGUCCCCCCCCAUAGUAUAGGGGGAGCCACUUGGGGGGCAGGGGGCGGGGAGGAGGUCUGUUCCCCCUGGUGGGGCUGAGGGGGCUGUAGCUGCCCCCCACCUCUCCCUGCCUCUCGCCCCUCAAUAAAAUGAUCUUAAACCACCA